GCUUUACCGUAUAUUCAAGUACCUACCUUAUAUAAUCGAUAAGUAUUAUAAGGACCAAAUAAAUGUGAUCUUCAGUAUAAAGUGACAAGUGAGACGGUGUACAAUGCCUUAAUUACCAUUCAUUUCUCAAAACAUUAAACGUUGCGGUUAAAUAUAUCGCAAAGAAGAUUGUGCGUCACGAUAACAUAAUUAAAACUAUACAUUCGACUGGAGAAAUGGAGAUUGAAAACCAAAGCAACGUUUCACAAAAGUCAACAGUUGUGCAAGUACUUUUGGGACUAAUCGUAAGUUUCUCGAGCUUAGCGCCCAGUAUGAGUAUAGGAUUUUCAGCUGUUGCCCUUCCGUAUCUGACCGACGUUUCCAAUGCACGGCGCUUAACAGGCGAUGAAGCAUCUUGGUUUGCGAGCAUUGCUUCGAUUGCUGCGCCACUGGGUUGCUUGUUAUCGGGCCCGAUUUCUGAUAGAUUCGGUCGAAAACCCGCAAUAAUCUGUGUUAACGUUGUCUGUUUUUUGGGAUGGGCUAUAAUUACCGUCGCUUACUAUUUUCCAAAUCAUCAGUUCUUGCUUCUCUUAAUUGGACGAUUAUUCACCGGCUUCUCCACUGGACUCUCCAGCAUGCCGGCUGCUGUGUAUAUGGCGGAAAUAGCGACUCCAAAACUAAGAGGAUUGCUUAUCACAUGGAAUGCACUUUGCUUUUCUCUUGGUAUUGUUAUCAUUUACGCUCUUGGUUGGAUAAUGACGGAGAACUGGGGAUUGGUUGCCGCACUAUCUGCCGCAUUUCCGUGCGCUGGUCUGGCUAUGGUAAUGACUUACAUGGUUGAAUCACCAUCGUGGUUGAUCACCAAGCAUCGUUAUGAGGACGCAAAGCGUAAACUACGCAAGCUGUUCAACUCAAGGGAAGUAGACGAAGAAUAUGAAACGUUAAUAAGGAACGUAGCUGGCACAAGAACUGAAUGUGAAGAUUACAGGUUCAGGUGGAGACAUUUUUUAGAGCCUGUUUGCUACAAACCCUUAAUUUUAAUGUCGAUGUUUUUCAUAUUUCAGCAAUUUUCUGGUACAUUCGUGAUUCUAUCUUAUGCAAUUGAUAUAGUGAAUGAAGCAAAAAUAAGUAUAGAUCUAUAUGGUGCAAUUGUCCUAAUCGCGGCAACACGGGCUGUUACUUCUGCAUUUGUAAGCAUCGCAAGUAAACGAGUUGGACGUCGUCCUCUUUCCCUUUGUUCCGGAAUUGGAAUGACCGUUAGCAUGGUGCUGCUCUCCGGAUAUCUAUUCUGUAUUAAGCGUGGGAUAAUCACAGACGAUCGGUUUGCUUGGGUGCCACUCACACUGUUGAUGACCUACUUCUUCACUGCAACAUUAGGUUUUCUAACUAUGCCGUUUGCAAUGUCUGCCGAAGUAUUUCCGUCCAAAAUUCGAGGGUUGGCAACUGGAAUGGUAACCAGUAUUGCGUACACUGCCAACUUUAUACUGGUGAAACUCUAUCCUGACAUGUUACACGGAAUGGGAAUUUCCCCACUGUUCCUGUUUUAUGGCGCAAUGUCAGCUGUCGGCACUAUUUUCGUAAUGCUGCGAUUACCAGAAACUAAUGGAAAGACGUUGAUGGAAAUAGAGAGAUAUUUCAGGAAUGAAAGCAGAAACAAUGGAGAACUUGAAAGAGUACAGAGCACUUGUUUUAUAAGUAACAACUCCAAUUAAUCCAAUACAGGAGUAAUAUUUAAUUUAAUAUGCAUAUACAAGUGUAUAAUGUGGCAUAAGGAACUCUACAAAAAAUUCCGUAACAGUUUUUUUGUGAGUUUUUUAGUUUUUGAGAAAUUUUAAACUGAAAAGUUACUCUAUUUUGUAACUAAAUUUGCACUUUUCUCAGAAAGUAAGCCCCAUAGCGAAAAAUGUUAAAUAUAAAAAAGAUGUGCCUUGAUGAGCUGUACAAAUAAGCUUCAUUCAUUUUUUUCUUCAGAUUCAAAAUAAAGGCACAAGAGGUAAAUAUAGUCGGAAAAUCGGCAGUUUGAUUAAAAUUUGAUAUAUUUGACCGCCCCUCCUAACCUUAAGCCACGGGAUCUCGCUGGCAGACAUGACUCUUUUUACUUCACUAUGUAUCAGGAUACUUUAGACCAAAAUUAUUUAUGCAUCAAGGGCAUUAAGGCGAUAUU